AUAGAAACCAAAAAAUAAAAAAUAAAAAGAACUCUCGCAGUCUGCUGAGAAUUGGAUUUUCUAGGGUUUUAGAGUUUAAGAGCUGAUUGUGUUAAAUUGCAUUGGAUUCUUUUCUCUUUGAUGUAUCGAUAAAUAUCGGAACUGUGUAAUUUCUUUUUCUCUUUCACCUUCUCUGGGCUUGAUAAAGCUGCCAAAGAUGUUUGUUCCUUGCUUAGUCAGUUCUAUAACAGAUUCUUUUUCCAGCUAAUAGUCAAACCCUCCAUAAUAUUCUGUAAUAAUGUUCUUACAGACUUCUAUUGACAGUUCAAUACUUUCAAUUGGAAUUGUUAUCUCCUAAUUUGUUUUUUUUAUUGUAGUUCUUUUCUUGAAUUGAAGGUUGAGAGCACAGAUAAAAACCAUCUGGAUGGUUCAUAUUCUGUGAUAUCGAACACUGGUGAAAUUCUUGGAAUGACAAUGGGUUCAGUGCUUAAUGAUGAACUUCUGGUUGGAGAGCCUGUAUGUUCCAUUGGUAAUCCAAAUUCACUAGUUUACCUGUUGCAGAAAGAGGAAACCCAAACUUCAGUUGCUUAUUGUGAUCAGGUCAAUAGAAGCUCCUAUAGUGAUGUGCCAGAAAAUCGAGUAUGGAGUAGUGAGAACUACAUUUUCCAAUAUCAGUUAGAUGGCGAUGUCGUUGAGCUAGAGCCUAAAGUUGCUGAUUUUGGCAGUGGAAGUGUCAAGAAUGGCGGCUUGUUUUAUCAGAACAACACCCCUCAAAUUGUUGAUUCUGUUCAUCCAUCCAAUUGCUCCUCUGCAGGAAGGGGUCACGAGGCUAGGUGUAGAUCUUUAAGUACCAGUUGUGGUAGUGUGCAAUUUCAAGAAAGAUUUCAGAGACAUAGCUUGAACCUUUCGCCCGAUGAUAAGAAAAGGAAGAGAUUUGAUGAUGCAUCUGGGUUAACUCCCGCAGAGAAUUCAGACGUUAAGCACGUGAGGAAUGAAAUUGCUGAAUAUGAAGAUGAGGAUAAGUUAGCACACAAAUCAGUUGCCAAAAGUUGCAGUAAAAUAGUUGGAAAAAGAUCUAUACACAAGUCCAAUAGUAAGAAAGCUCCCAAUGCCACAAUAUGUUCAACGAAUAGUACAGAAGAUAGGAACAAAGAUCACGUACAGGUGAGGGCAAAACGAGGCGAAGCAACUAGCGCACACAGUCUUGCUGAAAGAAUUAGAAGAGAAAGAAUAAGCGAACGAAUGAAAGUUCUUCAAGAUCUUGUUCCUGGAUGCGAUAAGAUCACUGGGAAGGCAAUAAUGCUUGAUGAGAUUAUCAAUUAUGUAUUAUCAUUGCAACAUCAGGUUGAGUUUUUGUCCACGAAGCUUGCUGCUGUGGAUCCUAGACAAAAAUCUGGACUUGAUCAAUUUCUAUUAGAAGAUAUCCAUCAUUCACAAGAAGGAAUUGCAGCCACUGUAGAUACUAUUGAAAUGCGCUCUUUUUACUCCCUUCCUGAUAAUGUUUCACCAGUGACUUUGCCAACAUUGGCCCCAAGUUCAAAUUUCCAAAUCACAAGAGUAUGGAAAGAGAAGAUCCCAGAUAAGAGCCAAAUGGAUAUCGUCUGUAACUUGGAUCCAGACUCUCUAAAGUCAGAAGCCGACAGCUGAAAUUCAAUUUAAUGAUUAGGUAGUCCUUUAUCCUCUUUCCAUUUUUCUACCAAUGAAGUUCAAUCAGAGGGCAACAGCCACUUAGUCUGAGAGGUUGCAAGUUUCCCGGUGAGUCUGAAAGAUAAUCUUGUUUUGA